GACUCUGACAAAGAUUAGUUUAGCAGUCGCUGACCCAAUAAACCUCAGUAAAUCUCAAAAAAUCCAUGAGGAGACUUGCUUUGCUUUACACUUACCAUUUAAACAACUUAAAAGUUUAAGGCCAAUUAGGGUGUAAAACUGUGAUUUCAAGCCCUGCACUUAAUACUCGGAUGCUUUUAUUAUCUUAGAAACAUUACUGCAAUCUGGAAAACAAAACAAAACAAAAAUCCCCUGGUUAUGAUCCAGAGAUUAUUUUCUGGUGCUUAAGUGAAAAUUGGACACUAAUCCUUCUAAGUUAAAACUGCACUUUACAGCUGCUAUGGUGCUCACUUGUCAUCAUGGCAUUUUUAAGGACAGUCUAAAAUGAUUUUAAGAGGUGCAAACCAAUCUGGCCAAGAAAAAAAGGAAGCUGCAGAGUUGAGUGAAAUUUAAAUUUGAGUCCAGUGCAUGUUUAUAGUCCCAGGACCGUAGAAAUAAGUUGUAAAUAUUUUUUAUAAUAUAUGGUUACUGUAUACUUUUAAUAUGCUAUCUGUUGUCACAGGGAACUAUCUGUCUUUGCCUAUCAGGUACAGUGCUUAGCUGUAGAAAAAUAGUAGUAGUGCUCAUUGCGAAAGAGGUUUUGAAAGCACUUCCAUUAAAAUACAUAGAAGGAGGGUCGGGGGAUUUAUUUUUUUAAUCUCAAAGAAAUUGCUGAAGGAGGUAGUUUACAAAGUUGUAUUCCAGCUAGGCGUUCUGGGCUGCUGCUGCUCUGAAUUUCUUCAGCCUAUUGUGUUAUCGUCCAGUUACAGCUUCUGAUUUUUCUGUAAUAAUCACAGGGGCAGAUUAUGUCCAGUCUUUGCUAGAAUAAUCUGUGCUCUUAAUGUUUCUAAAACUAAGACUUGGGAACUGAAUACAUUCAGUAUUCCUCUUAAAAACUUACUUUUUUUCAGGAGUAGAACCACAUUUCUACUGGCUGAGCUUCAAAGAAUGUACCCGGAGGAACAGUAUCUGGGUUUGUGAAUCUAUUUCUUUUAGGUGUUAUAAUUUCAAGAAAUGCUGUGACCUAUUUGAAGAACAUAAUCCACAAAACUUUUGUCUUGUGAUAAUUUUUUAAAACUAGAAUGGCUUUGAAAAAAACACCUAAACUAUUCAAGAAAUUAUUUUUUCACUGGAAACUUUGGAAGUUUAGCAUUAUUGUGUUUGUCUUUCUGGUAUUUUUAUUUUUAUUACAAAAAGAAGUGGGUGUUCAAGAUUUUAAAGAUGAAGCAGGGAUUGAGCCAGUUGUUGGGAAGAAAAGUCAUGUGUUAGGUCUCAUGUUAAAUGCUAUGAACAAUAUCAAAGGUGCAAAGCCAAAAAUGCAGAUAAAAGCACCUGUUAGGCAAACUAAGAUUACUGGAGAGAGACGCUGUUUGCCAGGACACUAUACUGCAGUGGAACUAAAACCCUUUCUAGAUCGACCCCUUCAAGAUCCUAAUGCUCCUGGAGCUUCUGGUAAAGCAUUUAAACCCAUCAACUUAAAUUCAGAAGAACAGAAAGAAAAACAGCGUGGAGAAGAAAAACACUGUUUUAAUGCAUUUGCAAGUGAUAGGAUUUCUUUACACCGAGAUCUUGGACCAGACACUCGACCUCCUGAGUGCAUUGAACAAAAGUUCAAGCGUUGCCCACCAUUGCCAACCACAAGUAUUAUAAUAGUUUUUCAUAAUGAAGCAUGGUCCACUCUGCUCAGAACCGUUCACAGUGUGAUGUACACAUCUCCUGCCAUACUGCUAAAGGAGAUUAUUUUGGUGGAUGAUGCCAGUGUAGAUGAAUACUUGCAUGGUAAACUAGAUGAAUAUGUGAAACAAUUUCAAAUAGUUAAAGUAGUCCGUCAAAAGGAAAGAAAGGGUCUAAUCACUGCACGGUUGUUGGGAGCUUCAGCAGCAACAGGAGAGACCCUCACCUUUCUGGAUGCUCACUGUGAAUGUUUUUAUGGCUGGUUAGAGCCAUUAUUGGCAAGAAUAGCUGAAAACCCUGUUGCUGUUGUAAGCCCUGAUAUUGCUUCUAUAGAUCUCAAUACUUUUGAAUUCAGUAAACCAUCUCCUUACGGGCACAGCCACAACAGAGGAAAUUUUGACUGGAGUUUGUCAUUUGGAUGGGAGUCUCUUCCUAAACAUGAAAAUAAAAGAAGAAAAGAUGAAACCUAUCCAAUUAGAACACCUACUUUUGCUGGAGGUCUCUUUUCAAUAUCAAAAGACUACUUUGAACGCAUUGGAAGCUAUGAUGAAGAAAUGGAAAUAUGGGGAGGUGAAAAUAUAGAAAUGUCUUUCAGAGUAUGGCAAUGUGGUGGACAGUUGGAGAUCAUGCCUUGCUCUGUUGUUGGCCAUGUCUUUCGCAGCAAGAGUCCCCAUACUUUUCCAAAAGGUACUCAAGUGAUCACACGUAAUCAAGUCCGCCUUGCAGAAGUGUGGAUGGAUGAAUAUAAAGAAAUAUUUUACCGAAGAAACACAGAGGCAGCAAAAAUUGUGAAACAAAAAACAUUUGGAGACAUUUCAAAAAGACUUGAUUUAAGGCAGCGUCUGCAGUGUAAAAAUUUUACCUGGUAUCUCAGUAAUGUUUAUCCAGAAGCAUAUGUGCCAGACCUGAAUCCUUUGUUUUCUGGAUAUUUAAAAAAUACAGGUAACCGCAUGUGUCUGGAUGUUGGUGAAAAUAACCACGGUGGCAAACCAUUGAUUAUGUAUUCUUGUCAUGGACUUGGAGGAAAUCAGUACUUUGAAUAUUCUGCACACCAUGAAAUUCGACAUAACAUUCAGAAGGAACUUUGUCUGCAUGCUUCUAAAGGACCUGUGCAUCUUCGCGAAUGUAACUACAAAGGCCAGAAAACCUUCGCUGUUGGAGAAGAGCAAUGGCUGCAUCAAAAGGAUCAAACUCUGUACAAUGCAGCACUACAUAUGUGCCUUACAGGAAAUGGAGAGCAUCCGAGUUUGGCAUCCUGUAAUCCUUCAGACCCCUUCCAGAAGUGGAUCUUUGGCCAGAACAAUUAAGAUUUGAUAUUUAUAGGCCAGAAGCAUUUUUAUUAAAAGAAAAGAUCCAUUCUAAACUGUGAUCAUAUAUGUAUACUGCAUUUUUAAGUGAUGCAUACUUUAAAUGCAAAAUGUUUAAAGUUUCUUUUUCCUCUUAUUUAAGUUGGAUGUAAAAUGUGUCAUCCGAGAUUCCCUAGGAGUCUGUUAUACCAAAGAUGAUUGAGAUCCAAAUUAAGAAAAAUGUUUACAAUAUUUCUAUGAUAAGACUUUAUAUAUUGACCACUGAUUCAUGGAUCCUAUAGUCCUCUUUCACCUUGGGGACCAUAUGUAUAUUGUUUUUCCACAUACUGUAAGUACUUCUGAAGACUAGUUUUCUCUGUAGAAUUACGAGAAAUUAUCGUAUACUGUCUAAAAACCAAGACACUUUAUAUGUAUAUUUUUAUGCUCAAUUGGUUGACUAAUUUUUUUUUUUUUUUAAUCAUUUACUCACUGCACCUUUCUCAGUAUUUUUUAAGUUCAUUCACUUGAAAAAAUUAAAUAUUUUACCUUCAGGUUAAAGCCAAGUAGGCUACCACACUGUGCUCAGCUUCCAGCAAGUCAAUUCUUCUUUUGUAGAAGAAAAAAAAUCAUUCUUA